AUGGACUCUUCGCUGGAUCGCAAACUACAGCUCUACCGACAAGCCCAGCAUAGGCGAGAGCAAGAUCCUCUACCAUGUAUUGUCUGCGGUGCAGGCGUUGCCAAGGGCCUUGAAGCCUACACGGAUCAUUUUACUUCGGCGCAUUCCAAUAUACUUGAACGGGAGGUCACCGCCCAAGAUGAUCGUGCGAGCGUUGCUCGGAGGCAGAAGUUCUCUGGAGUUGUUCGCGACCCUAUCCAGCCCUCGGUCCCGGCCACACCAAGCAUCCAACACAAUACCCAAACGACUACCGACCCCACUAGUCAGCCGAAGACUGCGGUUGGUGACGUUCCAGCCACCCCAGCAUCGCCACCUAUUUCCAGCGUGUCCAAGGCCUCAGCCCGACCAAACCGCGGUAGCCCGGUCGCCUCAUCGCACGGCCAGGGCAACCCACAACGAUCUCGUGCCCGGCAGACAGUUGUACCUCCAGACCAAGAAUUCUCCCGUCCCAGAUACACUGGCGGCGCGCUGUGGUCCGAAAAUAGCCCCCGGCCCUCGAACAAGCAUUCUAGUCGCGCUGCCCAGCCAUACUCGUCGACACACUCAGCCUCGGCUAGGAACCGCACCGGGCAGCAGCACCUCCACGAUGACCCCGAAGGCAUCUACACGGGGCUCGUCAUGGUGGAGUCCAAAUGCAUCGAUGUCGACACCGCCCAAGCAGACGAUUCAGCCAAAGCCCUCACAGACGAGCAGUGGCAAGCCUUGAUUGCGCUUCAUCGGGCCCUCCUCCACGAGCACCACGACUUUUUCCUAGCAAGUCAACACCCUUCCGCAAGCCAAGCGCUUAAGAGGUUAGCAUUAAAGUAUACUUAUAGUAUGAUGGGGCUCCUCUACGAGACUGUGCCGACCUAUAAGGAAACCUGGAUUGAGUGCCUUGGGGACCUUGGCCGAUAUCGAAUGGCAAUUGAAGACGAGAAUAUGCAGGACCGGGCGACUUGGACCGCAGUCUCACGCCACUGGUAUAGCAAGGCCUCGGACCUCUCACCUGACACUGGAAGGCUCUAUCACCAUCUAGCUAUUCUAGCUCGACCUGAUCGGCCCAUCGACACGCCAUUUGUGCAGGCGCAUGCCUUGGACAAGCGGGAAGAUCCCAUUGCGGCUCAGCCUGAGGGUGGGGACGGCGCCGAGACCGCGGGAACAGUUGUUGAGGAUAGCACGCGCAAGAGUGCCGGGACAACCCACCAGAUACCACAGCCAGUAUUACCCGCCACCUCAAGCCCCCAGUUCAAACAGGCGCGGGAGCUCUUCUGUGACACAGCUAGGCUGCUCCUCCGACGAUUAGGCGACACAAAUGACAAGCCGCCUUCGCGACCGUUGCCAGAGGAUUAUGCGAUGCGCGGCCUUUUAUGGGUAGAUGGGUACCUUGUCAACAGCUUAUUCGAGAGCGCCGAGGUGGACGAUGAAGACAAGUAUUUCGAGGUGGCGAGCUUCUCUGCGCAACGGAAGGAAAGGAUUCUUUGGCUGGGAUGCCAGAUUGCUCGCGCGAACGGACGAUGGAUACGCUACGACGAGAUCACAAAGGCGUUUACUGUGGCACCGGAAUUUGACGACGAAGCCACUGCAGACGUAGACAUCGAGAUCGAAGAUGCGAUAGGGGCUGAAGUGCAGUCGCCGAAGCAGGCCCCGCAGCCCUCGCCAACGCCUGCCAAGGAACACCCGAAAGUAGACCUCCGUACCCUCCAGGUGAAGAUUGAGGUAGCAGAAGAGCAUGGGGAGAAAGGAAAACGGACAACACACACCCCCGCCGUCCAGCCUGGUCCGCAGCAGGGGAACGAUCUAGGUGACUGA